UUGCUAUAUAAAUUCUAACUCUGAGUAUAUCUUUAUAUAUCAAUAUAUCUUGCUAGCUAAAAAAUUGAGGUUGAAAUAUCAUGUGGCCCAAGAUCGUGCGAGUUGUAAUCUGUUUGUUCCUUUUAUUUGUAACUCAAGAUUAUUAUAUGACUCGAGCAUCAAGAGUGGCAAAGAUCGUGCCUAAGAUUAAUCAUCAUCAAGUUGAUGACCAAGGUUUCCCGCAGGUGGCUUAUGGGCUACAUAAAAGCGGCCCAUCUCCUCCUGGUCAAGGGCAUCAUCAUGUUAAUAAACAAGGUUUAGAGCAGGUGACUUAUGUUCUAGGCAAAAAUGGCCCAUCCCCUGGAGCUGGGCAUGGCGGUGGGCAUCAUGGCGGUGGUGGGCAUCAUCAUCAGAUUGAUAACCAAGGUUUUUCGCAGGUGGCUUAUGGGCCACACAAAAGCGGCCCAUCUCUUCCUGGUGUUCUAGGCAAAAAUGGCCCAUCCCCUGGCGCUGGGCAUGGCGGUGGGCAUCAUGGCGGCGGUGGGCAUCAUCAUCAGGUUGAUAACCAAGGUUUUCCGCAGGUGGCUUAUGGGCCACACAAAAGUGGCCCAUCUCUUCCUGGUCAAGGGCAUCAUCAUGUUAAUAAACAAGGUUUAGGGCAGGUGACUUAUGUUCUAGACAAAAGUGGCCCAUCUCCUCGUGUUUAGGGGCAUCAUCUGUAACAUCCGUCGAAAACGGAUCCCUGAAACCCAACUUGAAUUAUAAACCGAGUUCGAAAUGUUAUAAAUAAAGUGUGAAAUUUUAUUCUCCUUGUUGGCAUUAA